AACACAAGUGCUUAUUACUAAUUGCUUAUUACCCAGAGACACAUCAACAGCACAAAAAUGGAAGUUACAAGUGCUGUUCAUUCAGUUAGGUAUCUCAAUUUGCAAACGCGCUUUUCACAACUUGAAAGACUCAACAACAAUGGACCCUUGUUUAUAUCCACAAAAACCACAACACAAAAUAAUUCUCUUCUUCAUCCUAACCAAUUAAGCAGAAAAAUCAAUAGUGAUUAUGGUCUUAACUAUGGUAGUCACAGUAAAAGUUUCAUCACCAAUUCAACUUCUUCUGCUACUACUUCAGCAGAAACUUCUGGAUCAUUAUCUGAAGUUGAAAAGAUAAAGCAAAAAUGCCUUAAAUGGAAGUGGAAGGAUCAGUAUUCAAUCAAUUAUUUUGUUUCUUCUGAUUCAGAUUCUUCUCAGCUCAAUCAUCCUCCUCUGUUACUUGUUCAUGGCUUUGGUGCUUCCAUUCCUCACUGGCGCAGGAAUAUUAAGACAUUGUCUCAAAAUUAUACUGUUUAUGCUAUUGAUCUUCUUGGUUUUGGGCUGUCAGAUAAGCCCCCAGGCUUUUUAUAUACCAUGGAAACAUGGGCUGAGUUGAUCCUAGAUUUCUUGGAUGAAGUUGUUAAGAAGCCAACAGUACUAAUAGGAAACUCUGUUGGAAGUCUCGCUUGUGUCAUUGCUGCUGCUUCAGGCAAUAUCCAACCAGAUUCAAGUCAAACACUUGUCAAAGGAAUUGUGCUGUUAAAUUGUUCUGGUGGGAUGAACAACAAAGCUAUAGUUGAUGACUGGAGGAUCAAGUUACUUCUACCAUUGCUUUGGCUGAUUGAUUUUUUAUUGAAUCAAAAGGGAAUUGCUUCGGCAAUUUUCGAGCGUGUUAAACAAAGAGAGAAUUUGAGGAACAUCUUGAGUUCAGUGUAUGGAAAUAAAGAGUCUGUGGAUGAUGAACUUGUGGAGAUCAUUAGGGAACCAGCAAACUCUGAAGGUGCGUUAGAUGCAUUUGUGUCAAUUGUAACAGGGCCACCAGGGCCUAAUCCAGUGCAGUUAGUGCCAAAAAUCUCUUUACCUAUUUUACUUUUAUGGGGAGAUGAAGAUCCAUUUACUCCAAUUGACGGACCUGUUGGGAAGUACUUUUCUUCAUUGCCUUCUCAACAAGAAAAUGUUAAACUCUUCUUACUUGAAGGGGUUGGACAUUGUCCUCAUGAUGACAGGCCUGAAUUAGUCCAUGAAAAAUUGCUUCCUUGGCUGGCCACUCUUUCAAAUUCAUAGGAAACACAUGCUGUACUACUCAUAAAAAGCAACUAGUUCAUGAAACCAUUUAUAUAUUUGAUGACCCAAACCUCAAAAACUGUCACAUUCACUAUAUCCCAUCUGUAUAGAUUAUGUAUAUUGUUUAUAGAUUGUUGUCUGUGUAAAAUUAAUUUUACAGUGAUAUUCAAUAAAUGUGAAUGUAAAACCACGUAAGACUUUCUCUUUCUUUAAAUACCAAGUUCAUCUCA